CUUUGAGCGAUGAAGUGAAAUGAAAAGCAGUUGAUGUUUAGUCGUUGAGAGGACGGAACCGUCAACCAAACUGAUUACUUUGAGAGAGAGAGAGAGGGGAGGAGAAACAUGGAGGAAGCAAAAGGGGUUGUGAAGCACGUAUUGCUGGCAAAGUUCAAAGAUGAAACCACACCUGAGAAGAUUGAGGAACUCAUCAAAGGCUAUGCCAAUCUUGUCAAUCUCAUUGAACCUAUGAAAGCUUUUCAAUGGGGCAAGGAUGUUAGCAUUGAGAACCUGCAUCAAGGUUUCACUCAUGUGUUUGAAUCCACAUUUGAAAGCACUGAGGGCAUUGCAGAAUAUGUAGCUCAUCCUGUUCAUGUCGAAUUCGCAAACUUGUUUCUAGGCCACCUGGAGAAAGUCCUUGUAAUCGACUUCAAGCCCAUGAUUGCUCGUUGCUAAGUUAAACAGUAUAGAACCUGUUAUCCUGCAAAAUAGUUUCUGAAUGUUGAGAUUUCCACGGUUCUGGUCAUGUCUGUUGGAUUAAAAAAAAAAGACAUCUUGUAUCAAUGUGAUGGAGAUACUGUUCUCGUUCUCCUUGUUUCUUGUUUUGAAAUGUAUCUUUUGAUACAAACAUUGGGCUUGGGUGAUUCGACCAGGGUCACCAAAGCUCAAAAUUUGAGUACAAUCUUGGUUUCUUUUUCAUCUUCUGAUGUUGGAGAAUGUAUCUUCUGCUACUUGCUUCUGCCCUGCAAAACCAAAGGAAAGUGUUAAAAGGAUCUUGGUUUUCAAGAGCAAAUAAACAUUUUGGACAAAUUCUUCCUGAA